CCUGGGCCUAGGAGGAAGAUGGGGAGAAGGAGAAGGGUGGGGUGUUGGUUCUGUGGAGGCUGAUGGAACACCUGGAGAGAAAUCCAGGAGGGAGGUGGCAGGGAGCUGAGGAAAGCUGACCUAACUUUCCUCACCAGACCCCAGGUAACCAACUUCCAGGGGAGCUCACAGCAGUUCAGUGGCACGAAGCUUUACCCUUCUAGCAGGCCAAUGUCUGGGCGCCAGGUGAGACUUCCCAACACUCACAGCCACUUGAACCAUCCCAAGAAUGUGACCUUUCGAAUCCCGACUCCAGGCUGUUUCCAAAGCCCUGAGACAAGGCCUAUCGGCCUCAAACGUCCUCGCACCCCAAGGGCCUGGGAGUUCAGCAGCUGCAACAACUCUUCGGAACAGUCCGACAGCCACAGCUCCCCUCCACUUCCAAUGAGGAGAAUCUGCACGGGCCAGCCAUACUCCUCCAAGUUCAUAGAGACGGGCUACCCGAAGAACCGCCCCAAGAUAGCCAGAAAGCCCUGUUACCGUGACAGCCCCCACUGUCUGCUCUGCACAGAUGGUCCCUCAGACCAUUCCAGUCCCUCCUUUCUGGACCAACUCAUCAGAGGCAUCAACUACCUUGACAGAUCCAUCAGCUGCUCCCAAUCACUGAACCUGCCAAGGCUCGCAGUCAACUACCUAGAACAGGCUGCCAGCUCCUACCUGGAUCACCAAGACCACUCCUCUCCCUGCAGUUACUCCAAACCCAGCACCACCAAGGUGCCAACCACCAAGGGUGUCAAUGCUUUGCGAUCUGUGGAUGGUGCCGUCAACACAAGUUGUUCACAUCAGUUUCGUAGCCAGAACCCCCCUCCGACGCAGCCACAGAGACAAGACAUAAAGUUGCCUGAGCUCCCUUUGUUUGGCAACAAGAUCUUUUCUUUAGGUCGCCUGCCCAAGUUCUGGGAUGAACUCCGCUCAUGUUGGAAUGCCCCUCUUGAACCCACCUCCAAAUCUGGUAACUGGUGGUAA